GGGCAUCAUUCGAUUUUCAGAUUUUGCAACGAAGACGUCGCCAGCUUCGCUCUGCACCCAGUGUCCAGUUUCCAAGUCAAUCGAUCGUUCGCUCGUUCGCUCGCUCGCUCGCUCGCCUCACAUUUGGUGUUUCGUUUCCAGUCUUCGCUCGACUGUGCGCAGCCGCGACCAAUCUCUCAGCCAGCAUGCGCCUUCUAUUGGCCCUGGUGGCGGCGCUAGCUGCGGCCGGCGUCUCAGCGGAUGUCUCGCAUCUGGACACGGAUUUGCGAGAGGAUGGAUAUCAUUAUAAGCAGCCGUCGCAGCCGUUUCCGCCGCCGCCCACCGGCAAUGGCAUUGAGGAUUCGGGCUUGAUUCCCGGACCGGCUCCCUCGGCACCGGAACCAUCGUAUGGACCGCCGCAGACGCAGCCGCCACGUCCGCCACCGCAGCCUGUGCCAACAGCGCCCAGCCCUUCCUAUGGACCGCCGCAGACGCAGCCGCCACGCCCGCCACCGCAGCCCGUGCCCACUGCUCCUGGUCCAUCAUAUGGACCACCGCAGACGCAGCCGCCACGUCCGCCACCACGACCGGUGCCCACGGCGCCUGGUCCCUCGUAUGGACCACCACAAACGCAGCCACCGCGUCCGCAGCCGCAGCCACAGCCGCAGCCCACGGCUCCGGGUCCGUCUUAUGGCCCUCCUCAGACUCAGCCACCACCACCACCUCCUGCUGGUCCGGAAUAUCUGCCACCUGAUGAGCCACAGCCACCCAAGCCACGCCCCACUCCUCAACGUCCCCCACAACCUCAGCCACGCCCAGACUAUGGUCCGCCACCUCAGCCCCCGAGUCCCCAACCACCAAGCCCACAACCACCAAGUCCCCAACCACCACGCCCACAACAACCUGGCGCUGAGUACUUGCCUCCAUCGGGUCCACCAGCACCACCCACCUAUCAGCCACGACCACCGACAUCUGCUCCACCAGCACCGCCCACCUAUCAGCCACGACCACCGGCACCACCCACCUAUCAGCCGCGUCCACCCGCACCACCUGCACCACCAGCACCUACACCCAGCUAUGUGCCACCUCCCGGACCCACUUAUCAGCCACGCCCUCCAGCUCCACCAGCUCCUCCAGCGCCUACUCCUGGCUAUGGUCCUCCUCCUAGUCCUCCCGCACCGCCCACUUACCAGCCACGCCCACCAGCACCGCCAGCACCACCCACCCAGGAAUAUGGUCCACCACCGUCUAGCCCACCAGCACCGCCCACUUACCAGCCACGCCCACCGGCACCACCUGCACCACCCACAGACGCUGGUUCGCUGGGACCCGAUGGCUACAAUUACAACAAGCCUGCCAAGCCGUUUACCUUCUAGAUGCUGCCAACCGCAAAAGCACACACACACUUACACACUCUUAGUAUUCUUAGCGUGAAGCAUUCUGGACCCAAUUGCUAGAGCUCCCCCUCCCCCACACAACCACCCACCCGCUCGACUUUUUAGGGUACACAUUGUAAAGAAACCUUUGUAAAGCGUCGCUUCCAAAUAAAGUAAAAUCUAAACACCAAAACCAA